AUGUUUCUGUUAGUUUUAAAAGGAACUGCAAUGGUGGCCAUCAUGUUCGGUGCAGUGUUCGGAAACUUGCUGGUGAUUACCAGUGUAAUGAAAUUCGAACGCUUACGAGUGAUAACAAAUUAUUUUAUAGUUUCACUUGCUUUUGCUGAUUUAUUGGUGGCCAUUCUUGUGAUGCCAUUCAACGCCUUCAAUGAAAUCAGCGAGAAAUGGUUAUUUGGUAGAGUUAUGUGCGACAUAUUUAACGCUAACGAUGUGUUAUUCAGCACGGCUUCUAUUUUACAUCUCUGUUGUAUCAGCAUGGAUCGUUAUAUCGCCAUAUUACAUCCAUUACAAUACGAAACUAAAAUGACGAAAACACGUGUGGCUAUCAUGUUAGCUGUCACGUGGGUGGCGUCCAUUUUGAUUUCAUAUAUUCCCAUCCAAUCACAACUGUACACUACUAGUGAGAACUACCAGGCCCUGGAGAGUGACCAUCAUGCCUGUUUGUUUAUUGUGAACAGGGUGUACGCUGGAGUGUCUUCGUGCGUGUCAUUCUGGAUUCCAUGCACCAUCAUGGUGUUCGUGUAUGCCAAAAUCUACAUGGAGGCGCGAAAACAGGAGAAAUUCAUCCAAUCAAAUGCCGUGUACAUGCAAUAUAGCCAUAGUGUAGGAAAACGUGACGCUCAGAGAUUCGAAAGAAAGCGAAUGAAGCGUGAACAUAAAGCUGCUAAAACAUUAGGGAUUAUAAUGGGCGCCUUUAUUUUAUGUUUUCUACCUUUCUUUUCUUGGUACGUUAUAACAUCAAUGUGUCGUGAAAAAUGUCCGUAUCCUCCAAUCCUAGGAUCCAUUUUAUUCUGGAUUGGAUAUUUCAAUUCAUGCUUGAAUCCAAUUCUUUAUGCCUACUUCAACAGAGAUUUUAGAACCGCUUUCAAAAAGAUUUUAAGACUAGAUAGAUCGAAUUGUGAUAUGUUCGACCCGACCACCCAGGCGCUCAAUACUGCUUAUAACGAUUUAAAGGAAAGCAAUCACCUUCGUACGUCCGUGUCGUAA